AUGUCGGGACAUAUGCGGUCAGGCUCCGGUGCUGCCCAUGCCGGGUCGCAAGGCGGGCAAUCAGCGUCGUUAGUGGCGCGGGUCAACGAGAAAAAAGCCGAACUUGAAAGUCUCAAAGAGCUGCGAGAUCUUAGUGCGGAAAUGGCAACUCAAAUGGAGGCCCUGGAGCAGAAGCUGGCAACCCUCUCGGACGGCACGGAAGCAAUGGCCACUGUCAUGAGCAACUGGCACAAUGUCCUCCGUGCUAUAAACAUGGCGUCAGCGAAACUACCACAACCCAAAAUGAACGACGAAGAAGACGAGGGCGAGCCGAAGGACGAGCAAGAGCCGCUACCGCUUCCGCAGACAUUGGUUCGCAUCCCGACAGAGCAUGCGCCGUCACUACAGGCACAUGCCGACGAAGCUCUGGAGAACGAGCACAACACAUCGGCGACUUGA